CGGGGACUUCUGCAGUCGGUGAGGUUCCCGAAGCCACCUCUGCGGCCGCCGCCUUCCCGGGCUCUGGGCGAUGGAGAAUGGAGCGGUGUAUGGUUCCACCACGGAGGAGGAUCCGAACUCUGACAGGGGCUCCCGGAGGGGCCUGGCCAAGUACUUCUCUCUACACCGGCUGAGUAGGCCUCAGCGGGUGUUCAAAUCUUUAGAGCUGUUGCUGUCUCUGCUGGCCUUUAUUUGUGAAGAAGUGGUGUCACAGUGUACUUUGUGUGGAGGGCUUUACUUUUUUGAAUUUGUGAGCUGCAGUGCCUUUCUUCUGAGUCUCCUGGUGCUGAUUGUAUACUGCACUCCAGUAUAUGAAAAAGUUGAUUCUUCAAAAGUCAAGUCAUCGGAUUUUUAUAUUACUGUGGUAACAGGAUGUUUGUUUUUGCUGGCAUCCAUCAUUUUUGUUUGCACAUAUGACAAGACCUCAGCUGAAUAUGCUGCAAGUGUCUUUGGAUUUUUGGCAAGUAUUGUGUUCCUGGUUGACUUUUGCUAUGUGUUUUAUAAGAGUCGACAGACAUCCCAGCAGAGAAAACCAGAGACCACACCUGUGGACACCCUCGAACCACUUAAUGCCUGAAGACUCCAGGUGCAGGUUUUACCUAGUCCCCAUGUGGUGCCUGUGCCCUGGCGGAAGUGCUUUCGGAGAGCAGUGGGGAGGGCAAGAAGGCAGUUUUAUCAAGUUUGGACUUUGUAUCAUCAACAUAAAAUUAGACCAGAGGGCUUUGUGCUUUAAAAUAGUGUUUUGUUUUUUUUUUAAGAGGAAAGGACAAUUGUUUCUUUAAAUCACAAAGCUCAACUGGCGAUAAAUUAUUUUGUCAUUUUUACUGUUUUCAUUAUUAUGUUCUAUAGCUGUAAAAACAGCAUGACUACAUUCAUUUAGAAAUUGUUUCAUUUUAAAAUUAAUUUGCUUAGCUUUGAGUUUUUUGGUGAUUUAGUAUGUAUUUAAGAGAUCAAUAUUUAAAAUUGCUCUUGUUUUUUUCCCUCUAAUAGACCUAGACUUUAUCUCACUCAGCCUUAAACAUAUACUGUAACAUUUUAGGAUAAUUAUCACUAACUUUUUUGAGACAUUCUUAAUAUCUGUGGGAAAGGUUGGUAUUAUGUAUAUAUAUAAAAACAGCACCAUCAGCAAUCCCAUGUUUAUGCUGCAUUUUGGUUAUUGAUAUUAAGUAAAAAAAAAAAAAGACUCAGAUUUUUAUAUGACACAUAGAAAAAUGGAAGAAAGUGCCAUCACUCCUAAGGACCAAAGAUAAAAUAGACUUUUUGCACAAUAAAGUGAAAAUAAUUACACAAGCAGGCUUCAACCACUUAUCAAAUGUCUGAGAGAGAAGUUCAAACUAUGACUAAAAAGUGGUCAUUUCCCUUACAAACCUAUGAUUAUUUCUACUGAAAUAAUCUUUGCAACUAAUAUUCUUUUGAAAACCCCAGCUUUUGACUUCCUCCUAUUUGAGGUGAUGCUCUCUUUUCUGUCUCCUUGUCAUAAAGGUCUGUACCUUCCUGCCUUGUCGGCAGAGGUGGACCUCUGGCUCGGACUCUUUCUUGUUGGCACUUGCCUUUAGGUGGCCAAGAAUCUCAGGCCCUUUCAUUCCCAUAGAAGAUAGCAGGAUCUGUCAGGGUUUGCUUUUCCCUCCACGUAGAUAUUGCUCUAGUUUUCCACUGGAGGAGAACAUAUUAAAUAAGUUGCUGGGAAAUCUUGCCCAGGUUAAUUCUGUGGCGUGAAGACAUAAUCAAAUCACCCUCAAGAGAUACUUCAUAAACAGUUCUGAUAAUUUAGGAAAUUUUUUUAUUUUUGCUUGCAUGCUCUCUUUGAGCCAUCCAGACAGGACACUAGCAGGUGGCUCACAGACUAGACCUUUCUUUUCUUUCAGGAUUUUUGACUCAAGACUAUUAUGUUAAGACAAACUCAUGCUUCAGUACUUUGGUGGAGGUCUCCCAGGCAAGAUUCUCUCUCUGAAACAAUGAAGCCAUGUUUCCAAUGGGACAGUUAAAUGAUCUCCUUUUUAAAUUUCUCUCUCUGUGUGUUUUAGAUGGGCUUUAGCUGUAUGAAUGUGGCUAAUUUGGUUCUCAAAGAUUGGUCAUUAUGACCAGACUAGACCCAUCUUCUGUAUUACUGACGCAGGGCCUUAUCCAUUCUGCCAGAAUUUGUAUGCUAGUGCUAAUGGUCGUGUCACCACUACCUGCUUAGGAGAUAAUGAAACCAAUCAUGCUGUUUUUACUGGGUGUGCCAUUGAAGAGAGGAGAAAUGGCCUGGGUCUUGUAUCCAUAAUUGGUUUGUUCAAAGAUAACCAGUUUAUGGUAGGCAAGUCCUGGAGUUUCAUAUGCUACUGUACCAUUGCCAUUUUAGAUAUAACCUCUAGACUUUGCUGAGACUUAUAACAAACCAUCUGAGCUACCUCUGGCCCCUACUUCCCCCCUCCGUUGCUCCAUUGCAUUGGGCAUAAUUGAAUUUGACAGCCACAUCCUCAGUUGACUUCCACAUAUACAUGUUGGCCUUUAACUUAAUCUCUGCUUGUUGAGGUUUUGCUUCCAUUGGUUUUCAUUGGUGCAGAAGUGGACCUCAUAACUGACCACAAAACCCUUUCCUUUGCAGAAAACUAAUAUGUUCACUGUUACUUUUGGUCAGGCCAGACCUUUCUAGAUGUUUUUAGUCUUCUGCCAUAGGAAGGACUUAUGGCUAAGAAAAAAACAAUUUGGUAAAUAACUUAUAGAACUUGGGACCAAAACCACUGCUUUGUGCAGAAAAUGGCUAACUCAGUAAGCUCAAAUUUACAUUUUUUCAUUAGCAACUAGGGCAAAUUUGUUACAUUUUAUACAAAUAAACUAUUUAGAAUGAUUCUAAAAUUUACACACUUAUGUAAACAUUUUGUAAUUGCUAUGCUUAAAUGAUGUCUACUUGGAGGCUGGGAAAUGUAUUUUUACACUGUUUCAUAGCCAAUCAUUUUUGUAUUUAUCAAUUUAAAUAUUGUGGGUCUUUUUUAAAUCUCAGUGUCUGAUUU